AUGGGAAAUCUUUGCGAAACAAAUGAAACAAAUAAACUGACUUCAGUUUAGAUGCCAUCCAAAUAAUAAGAUGAGACUAUGGGCUAUACUUCUGAGAGGAAUUUGGUCUCCUCCAAUUAAUUGGAAUCGGCUUAGAAGAAAUUGAGUAUAGAAGAUUUUGUGAUGCUCAAUCAAUUAGGAAAAGUAAGGGAUUAUAGAAUACGAUAGAUUUCUAGGGUGCAUUUGGAAAAGUGUUCAAGGUGAAAAAGAAAGACAAUGGUAAAAUCUAUGCACUAAAGGCUAUGAAUAAAAAAUAAAUAUUUGAUAGCAAUUUAGAGCAAAAUGCCGUUAUCGAAAAAGAAGUGUUGAAUAACAGCAAGCAUCCUUUCAUUGUUAAUCUAAAAUAUUCAUUUCAAAGUCAAACCAAACUUUACUUUGUGCUGGAAUACAUUGAUGGUGGGGAAUUUUAUUAGAUACUUUAAAGAACACAAGGACUUCCUGAACCUGUUGUUCAAUUUGUAGCAGCAGAGGUCAUUCUAGCUUUGGAAUAUCUGAAUAUGAAAUUAAACAUUAUUUAUAGAGAUUUAAAACCUGAAAACUUACUACUGACUAAAUCAGGACAUGUGAAAUUAACUGAUUUUGGUUUAGCUACCAAAAGAAAAGAGAACAACCAAAAAUCUUAUACAUUAGUUGGUACAACUGAGUAUUUGGCUCCGGAAAUCAUAAGAAAGGAAGGACACUCAUUCGAAGUAGAUUUAUGGACUUUGGGGAUUCUAAUUUAUGAAAUGAUUACUGGCAAAACUCCUUUCGCUCAUCCUGAAAGAAAUCAAAUGAAAAUUCAGUAUCUCAUUUUAAAGAAUAAUCCCUCCUACCCCCCAACUAUGUCUCGUGAUGCAAAGGAUUUAAUUAACAGUCUUUUAUAAACCAAUCCUGAACUAAGAUUAGGAGCAAAUGUAUUCCAUAUCUGAUAUAUUUUCAUAGGGAUAUGAUAGUAUCAAGAGUCAUGCCUAUUUCACAAAAAUCAAUUGGCAAGAUCUAUAUGAACAGAAAGUCAAAUCUCCUCUAAAAACCUUUGCUGAAGAAAAUUCAAAUAGAUUACAAAACUUAUAGCCAAUGCAAAAUUAAAUUAAAGAGACUCCUGGUAAUAAUCCUAUGCCACAAAUUAAUGGAAUAAGCUACUCAGGAAAUGAAAUGGAUAGAGGCAGUUCGGUAAAGAAUUAUUGA